CUCACAUCUUCUUCAAAGCAACUUUCUCAAGAAACUUAUAGAAAAUAUGCCUGUUUACACUCCACCUAUGCAUGAUGGAUCGGUCUUGGGAUCGUCGCCCGUCAUAUUAUUACUGGAAAGUUCUGAGGGCAAUAUUUUUUGCACUUACGACAACAUAUAUACCUGCAUUGAGGCUUUAUGCAAAUUCUAUGAGGAUUGUCUGCUGAAUCAGUAUCCCGAUGCGCAGACUAUUACCUAUAAUACCGAUCAGCUGUUCGAUUUUCUGGCUGUGUUCACCGACUUGUGCUGCUUGGUGUAUCAGGAAGCAACCCAGUCCUACGUAGCCCAUAACCGGGCUUGGAUAUUUUGGAUGCUCUAUGAAAUGCUGUUGGCGCAGUUAAACGAGCAGUAACGAGACCAAUAGUUGAAUCUUAAAAAACUAAUGCAACUAACUUUGCAAUCGCAAUUCUAAUAAAA